AUUCUUCAUUUUCUGUUUUUAUUGUCUAACUUGGGUAAUUCCUGAUUAAUUUUUCUUUGGGCAUUUCUUAAAAUUUUAUAUUACAAGAAAAAAAAUGUUAUUUUCUUAUUGGGGUUUUGGAGACUGUUGAUGUGUUUCUGUAUCAUCAAAGCUGUGUGAUUCGUUGAAUUAGGAACAGACUGGAUGAUUGUAAAAGUGCUAUUAGCUUCCCAACCUUUUCUGGAAGGGCUCUGAGAAACCUAAUCUCAGGUUCUGAAGACCUACUGGUUGUUAUAUUACUCUUAUGGAGGCUUGUCUGGGAAUUGCUCAUCCGUGAGCAUCUACUAUCUUUGGGAAUAGGUAGAUUUGGACGAAGCACAAUAGAACCAUCAUUUCACUGUGAUUUCUACUUCAUUUGUGCUUGAAGGACCACCCCUUCAUAUAUAUUAGCGAACCUUCUAAAAAAACAUCUGGUAUUAACUUUGCUUUUCUCUAGCGCUCGGUAAACUUAAGGAUUGUUAAAUAUGUGUUGAUUAGUAAAGUAGGAAAAACUGGAUAUAUUAAAGAACAACGACAGUAACAACAGACAAAACAACUUCUCUGCUGUCCACAUUGCUAUUAAUAGUGGAUUUUUUGUGGGGAAAAUGGUUCAUUACCUAGUGGAAUUUUUGUGGACUUAAUUGCUUGUUCCGUUAUGUUGUUUAAGACUUGAACUUACGAGUUACUUCACAAGCACUGGUUUGUGAUUACCCUUUAUGUUAUCUUUAUGCUGGAUAAAACUGUCUGGCCAAGUUAAACUUUUCAAUAUUGAUUCUUGAAAAAUUGAUUCAAGCUGUGGGUACGGUAUGAUGUUAAGCUUAAUAGUGAUUCCUAAGAUUAUUACAUGGAAAUUUACAGCAGACAACACAUGAUACAGACGGGUUUGUGAUCCCAAGCUUGUCAGUUGGAGAAUCUGAUCUAAGUAAGCCAGAUGGUCCAGAAGUGAAGGACGAUAAGGUCUCUUCUUCAAAGGCUACUGAAGAAGACGAGAAGAUCUACCUAGCGUCACAAGAGACACAACCUUCACAAGUGAAUCAGCCAGAGCUGAUCCUUUCCUCUGGCUAUAAGCAGUGGAUUAAGCAGAGACUUAAGGAAGCUGAAAUGGAUGCACCCAAUGAUGGGACAUUCUAUAAACCAUUUGUCGGAAUGGAAUUUGACUCUCUUGAUGAGUCAUAUUUUUACUACAAUGAAUAUGCUAGGGCUGUUGGUUUCAGCAUUCGAAGAGCCAAAAACCGUAGAUCAAAUAUAGACGGAGCUCUUAUAUUUCAACGAUUUUGUUGUUCUAAGGAAGGUCAUCGCAGAAAGAGGCGUGAUAAUGAUGACGAGGAACCAAAGAAAAUGAAAGAUGGUGUCUUAGUAAAGGUGAGAAGACGAAAUGUAAGGUCUAUAAGAGUGGGUUGCAGUGCCAAGUUGGAUGUCAAAAGGGUUACUGAUGGUAAAUGGGUUGUGCGUAAAUUUGACGAAGAACACAACCAUGAAUGUGCUAAUUCAGGGGAAAAGCAUAUGCUGAGGUCUCAAAGACGCAUUCAAUCUAUUCAAGUAGACAUGAGCAUGAGUGAUUGUAAGAUAAAGAAACCAGAAAAAGGAGAUGUAAGGGCACUUCUAAAUUACUUUAGGGAAAUGCAAACCGAGAGUCCAUCCUUCUUUUAUGCCAUACAAGGUGGUAAAGAUGAUCGAAUGUUAAACUUCUUUUGGGCUGAUACGAGAUCAAGGAUGGAUUAUGGGUACUUCGGUGAUGUGGUUUAUUUCAGGAGUAACUAUGGGAUCAACAAGUACGGACGGGCAUUUUCACCGAUUCUAGGUAUAAAUCAUCACCUUCAGACAGUUUUAUUUGGUUGUGCAAUAUUAUUGAACGAGAAUGAGGAGUCCUUAACAUGGCUAUUGGAGACAUUUUUGAAAGCCAUGUCUGGACGUCGUCCAGUUGCAAUAGUUAUUGAUGGAGAUGCAGCAAUGAUGAAAGCAAUUGAGCAAGUUUUACCAGGUACCCGUCAGAGUUUAUGUUUAGGGGAGAUUCUCGUGGAUGCUUCCAAUCAUUUUAGUCAUUUAGAAAAUAUGAGGGAUGCAUUUAUUACAGAUUUGAAGAAAUGUAUCUAUGAUACACAAUGGUGUGAUGAAUUUGAGUCAAGUUGGGUAUUGUUACAUGAAAAAUACAAGCUUCAUGAAAAUGAGUGGCUGGAUAAUUUGUACAAGAAACGGCACAUGUGGGCUCCAGUGUACUCGAGGCAUGUUUUCCACGCAAAUAUGAUGACGAUUCAAUGCAUCGAGAGUAUAAAUUCUUACUUCGAUGGAUUCGUGAAUGAGCCACUUCCUCUUUAUGAGUUUCUCAAGCAGUAUGACAAGGCGCUUGAUCAUAGACGGGAUGAGGAAAUAUCCGAAGAUUUUCAGUCUCUUGAAACACGGCCUGUUUUGAAGUUAGAUGUUCCAAUGGAACAACAAGCUGCUGAUCUGUACACAAGAUCAGUCUUUAAAGAGUUCCAUAAGGAGUUUUGUGAGAGUUUUAGCUACAUUGCUGAAGAAACAGCAAGGGUAGGAACAAAUUGGACAUAUGCGGUGUCAAGGUGGGGUCAAAAUAGGAGCUGCCUUGUUAGUUUCAGCUCUUGUAAUAAUGACAUACGAGUGAAUUGUGAUUGUCAGAAUUUUGAGUUCACGGGCAUUCUUUGUAAGCAUAUUUUUAAAGUCUUCACUGUGCGGAAUAUUAUGUUGGUUCCAGAUGUCUACAUCAGGAAAAGGUGGACAAAAAAGGCAAAAGUCGGGGUUUUCUUGGGUGAAGGAUGUAGGAAAGCGCUAGAAGACUGUCAGAAAUCUCAAGCCUUCCGCUUUAACGAUCUUUGCCAACUCACUUUUAAUCUUUGUGCUAAGUCUGCAAUAUCAAUAAAUGCUUACCAAACUGCGAAAUCUACUAUGGAGAUGAUAAUUGGAGAGCUGGACAAAGAAGCCGAGGAAGAGGUGAGUAUUACUCAACCUAACAUAGAUCACGUAAGUAAUUUGCAUUAUCCCAUUGAUGCUGUUAAUGGUAUUGGAAGUUCCGAUCACCUAAUGGGUGAGGAUAAUCAGACAUUGACUUCAGGUAACCAUGUUACAAUGCAAAAUCCCCAAAGGGUUGGGGAUACCAGAACUGGGUUCUGGUUACGUCUUUAACAUUCUCAAAUAUGUAAACAGAUAGUUGAAGAAAUUUUGUGAAUGUUAUUAUGUUUUUUAUAUGAAAACUGAUUUGAUGGAGUUCGACAUUAUACA